AUGGGUGUGCAGGAGUGGUUCACGGGGCAGGGGCGCAGCUCUAACGAGAUCAGGCUGGAGCAGUUCGCAGAGAGUGGCGAGUCCUGGGUCGAGCGGGUGGACAACGCGGCGAAUCGCGACACAUUCUACUUCCAGCUGAUGGCGUUUGCAGAUGAAGUUGCCCACCAAGAGCGCGGCCAGAACCCGGGCAUGCCGUGGGCCUACUUAGGCAAGGGACCCUCCGACACGGUGCGGAAUGCUGCUGUCCUGGAUGCUAUCUACAAGAAGGCAGGCAUGAAGCCCAAAGCCUCUCAGACACCGGCGCCUGAGCCCUACAGCGGGUUUGGCCUGUCGAAGCUUUGA